AUGGAAACCUUCCGAUGCGAAUUAGAUCAUUCAUAUCAGUUACCUGAUAUCCACGAUGACUUGUCAAGACAAUUGAUGAAAUUACGUCAACAGUCUCCAGAACGUUUACUAACACCAGUACAUGUUCUAAGUACUAUUACUGAUACUGUAGGUGAUCAAAUUGAAGAACGAUUUCGAGAAGCUCUGAAGUGUCACAGUGGUAAACGUAUCAUUCUCAUUCCUUAUCUAAUGGACAAUCAUCAUUGGAAUGGAAUUUUACUCGAGUGGAACUCGAUGGAACAAAUUGAACAAUCGGAAUUUAUUAAUCCAGUCACAGGCUUUGAUUCUAUUCCAGAUGAAUUACAGAAAUGCUUCAUAAAAAUAUUUCCAAAAAAUGUCUUACGAUCUAAAAUUAUGUUAAAAGACGAAGAUCGAACUAAAAGUAGAUUGUUAACCGUGAUCAAUUUAUUAAAUGCAGUGCAAAAUUCACAUUUCGAUCAAUCACCAGCAAAUUUACACACAAAUCAAGAAGGUUCUACAACAUCCAUUGAAGGUAAUCAAAUGAACUUUGAUGAACUUGAAAAAAAACUCAGUAGUGGAUUCGCUAAAUUUAAUAUAUCUGAUGAAAACAUAUUGUCAGAUAGAAUCAAACGAUCACAAAAUCGUAUUAAAGAAUAUCAAGAAACAGAAAGAAUGGAAGAUGCAGAACAGGAGAUGAAUUAUUUAAAAGAAUAUGAAAUAUUAGCAGAACUUGCUAAAAGAAUCAGACUUAUGAAAUCGAAUGUUUCUGAAUUAGAUACAGCAAAUUUAGAAAAACAGUUAGCUGAUAGUUUGACCAAGCUGCGAAUUACUGAUAUAAAAGCAUUGCCUGACAGAAUAGUAAGAUCAGAAAAACGAAUUGAAGAAUAUCGAGAAGAAGGAAGAUUAGAUGACGUUGAAAAAGAAACAGCAUUUUUAAAUGAAUGUAAGAAAUUACAAAAACUUGCUGAAGACAUACACAAUCGAGACUCGACAGACCAUGGUAGUGAACAAAGUAAAUUGUUCAAGUUGAAUCAGCUAGAACAAAGAUUAGCUACUGGUUUAGCGAAUAUAAAUAUGGUUGAUCCUACAAAAUUAUUAGAUAGAAUUGAGAGGUCUGAAGAACGAAUAAGAGAAUUCGAAGAAGAAAAAAGAGUUGACGAUUUAGAAAGAGAAAAGAAAUAUUUAACUGAAUAUAAAAUGUUAAAGAAACUUAGUGAAGAGAUUUGUUCUUUGAAAUCGAAUGUGAUUGAACCAUCAGGAGUUGAUGAAUUACAAAAGAAACUAAAUGAUGGAUUAACUAAAUGUAAAAUUUCAAAUGUAAAAGAUUUACCCGAAAAAAUUCGGCGAUCCGAACAACGAAUCAAAGAAUAUAAAGAUGAAGAUCGUUUGGAAGAAGUAGAAAAUGAAAAUAAGUAUUUGACUGAAUUAAAUAAGCUUCAAAAAUUCGCAGAUGAAUUGGAUAAGCAUAAAGCAACAGCAUCUAGUUCAUUAGAUAAUUCCCAAUCAAAACUUCGCGAAUUAGAAGAAAAAUUACAAAGUGAUUUAUUAAAAUUCAAACUUUCAAGUGUAAAAGAUUUAUCUGAUAAAACUAAACGAUCUGAACAACGAAUUAAAGAAUAUAAAGAUGAAGACCGUUUGGAAGAAGCAGAAAAUGAAAAUAUUUAUUUAACUGAAUUAAACGAACUCCAAAAAUUAGCAGAUGAAUUGGAUAAGCAUAAAGGAACAGCAUCUACUUCAUUAGAUAAUUCCGAAUCAAAACUUUGGAAAUUAGAAGAGAAAGUAGAAAGUGGUUUAUCAAAAUUCAAACUUUCAAGUGUAAAUGAUUUAUUCGACAAAAUUAAACGAUCUGAAGAGCGAAUAAAGGAACAUAAACGUGAUGGUCGUUCAAAAGCAGAAGAAGGUGAAAAUAAUUAUUUAGCGGAAUUAAAUGAACUUCAGAAAGUAGCAGAUGAAUUAGAUGAGCAUAGAGGAACAGCAUCUAUUUCAUUAUAUAAUUCCGAAUCAAAACUUCGGAAAUUAGAAGAAAAAGUAGAAAGUGGUUUAUUAAAAUUCAAAAUGCCGAAUAUAUCAGUUUUGGCAGAAAAAAACGAGCGAUUAAAGGAACGAAUUAGUGAAUAUCAGGAAGAAAAUCAAAUUGAUAAAGCAGAAAAAGAACAAGAAGAUCUAAGUAAAUUGUCUAAUGAAAUAAUGAAUUUGAAAUCAAUUUCCGAGAAUCCAUCGACAGAUGCUUUUCCGAAAUCAACUAAGAUUGCUUCAGAAGUUGUGAAUAAUUCUCGUACAAGUAUAAAACACGAUGUUGAGAAAGAGAAAUUAGAUGAUGUUAAUAUUUUUCAUCAAGAUUGGAUUAAUAUGCAUCCAUGUGCAGAAAAAACUGUUAUGCAACUUUUGGACCAUUUUCAACGGAUAAAUUGUGAUGAAGAUCCGAACUCAUCGGAUCAGACAUUCAUUAAUGAAAUGUUAGAUCAGUUAAGAAAACAAAUUCAAAAACAAGAACUAUUUUCAGAAAAAAUUCAGAAAAGUUUACAAGAUUUAGAACGUUAUGCAUCGAGUCAUAAUAUUUCAUCGAUAUUGCAUUGUUUAGUUGAAAUUUUAUCACAAAUUCGACCAUUAGAUGUUCAUGAAAUUGAACGACUUGUUAGCAAAGCUAAAAAUGCGGCGAAAUUAAUUGCUGGUAAAGAUAUAAUAUUAUUGAUCGGGGAAACUGGAACAGGAAAAUCGACGACAAUACAGUUUCUCAGUGGUUCAAAAAUGAAAAAGACAAAAGUUGAAGUUGAACCAGGAAGAUUCUUAGAACAUAUAACGAUUGAUGGACCGAUUAGAAAUCCUGAUUUGAUAGAUGUAACAAGUAGUGCUAUAUGUAAAUCAGAAACACGAUAUAUUGCACCAGUAACAAUUCCAUUACGAGAUAUUUAUGGUGCACAUGAAUACGGAGAAAUAAUUCUAUGUGAUGCACCAGGUUUUGGUGAUACAGCUGGUCCAGAAGUUGAUAUUGCGAAUGGAGUUGGUGUUAUUGAAGCAUUGAAAGGUUGUAAAAGUGUGAAGAUUCUUGCUCUCUCAAGUUAUAAGAGUUUAGGUGAUCGAGGACAAGGUAUUCAAAAACUGGCUCAUCUUUUGAUUAAUAUGAUACAUGGAAUUCAAGAUAGGUUAAGCGCCAUUUUUUAUGCUUUUACUAAAUAUCCAUCAGAUAUCGAUAUAUCAGCAUUGCUAAUUGAUAUUAAAAUAUCUAAAGUUGAUAAGGAUCCAUUAUUACGAUCAGAUAGUGCAUUUGUAACUGUAUUAACAGAUAUGAUUAAUAAAACAAAACAUGGUGCUGAAAUUAUUGAUCCUCUUAAUGGAGAUCCAAAAACUCUUGUUGACAGAUUAAAACAUUUACGUGGUAUUAUGUAUCCUUCCGAAGUUUUUCAAUUUUCAAUCAGUUCAGAAACUCAAUCGUGCGUUGCGAAUCAAGCACAACUAGAUAAUUUAAGUGUUAAAUGUGCAUUAAAACAUAAAGAUAUUGAUCUUGUUUUACAUUAUUUAGAUAAAUUAAAAACAUUAAAAGAUUUACUUGAUGUUAGUAUAGUUCGAGAUUCAUAUGAAGAUGCAAUAAGAACAGUAAAAGAAACUUUAACAAAUUUUUGUACAGAAAUAACAAAAAAAUUUAACCGUUCAUUAGCAAGUCGAGAUGGUUUAAAAGAAGAAGAUAUUAAUGAAUAUAAAUCUUCAACUGAAUAUAUAAAAAAUAGUCAAAAAUUAAACAAACAUUUUGCAGAAGAUCAGUUAUCACCUGAAUCAUUAAUACAAAAUAUAAGUAGUGAAAUUCAAAAUAGAAAUGAAUUUCUCAUUGAAGAGCAUCUAUCAAGUUCUUUAAUAGGAAUUUAUCUCAACAAUGUUCUUCUUUUAAAAAAUUCAUUUCAACAAAUUGAACCAUUAUAUAAAGAAAUUUGUCAAAAUUAUCAAGAACGUUUUGAAAAACUAAUUGGAUCAACUGAUGAAUUAAUUAAAACUAAUGAUUUCAAUAAAAUUGCAGAUUUCAUUUUACAAAUAUCAAAAUGUAUACCAACGUUAGGUAAACAUCUUAAUAAUUUAGUUGAAGAUAAAUAUAACUCUGUUAUUCAAUUACUUUUACAAUAUUUAUCGAGUUUUCUUGAAAAAUCUCAGUCAGUUUUAGCUAAACCGAGAUUAAAUGAAAGUGAAAUUAAUACAGUUAAAAAUGCAGUUCUUGUAUUAGGAUCAGCGAAAGGAAAUGUUGCAUUACAAGAUAGUAUUUCGACUUAUAUUCAAAUAAUGAAUAAGAAAACUGAGAAUAUAAAAAGUGUAAAUGAAAUCUAUAAUUUAUUAAUUGAUAGUAUUAUCAAUUAUUUUAAUCAAAUAAAUGAUCGUAUAAAUCAAUUAUUCGAAAUUCAAGGAGAUCGUGCACUUGACGAUACAGAAAUUUUAAUUAAUGAUAUGGAUGCAAUUCGAACAAUUGAAGAAAUUGAUUCAAAAACAAUUGGAAUUUAUUAUCGUACAGUUGAAUCUAUACGUGGACAAAUGAAUCAGAUUCAAAGAGAAGUUCAAGAUUUACUAAUAUCAAUUGAAUCACAAAAAGAAACACCAAAUUAUACAAAAAUAGCACGAUUGUUAUCACGUAUGAAUAAUGCUAAAUGGAUGAAUCGUUUAAGUCCAGGUUCAUAUGACAUUGCAAUAAAACGUAUUACAGAAGAAUUAACUCAAUAUUUUUAUGAAUUAGAAGAACGUUUAAAGAAACUAGAUCUAAGUAUGAAACAUCCAGAAAAUAUUCCUAUUGCACAAGAAAUAUUUGAUAAACUUGAUUCAUUGAGUGUACUUGAUCGUUUUGUACCCGAUUUGAAAAAAUCGAAAGAUUUGAUGAUUCAAAGUUUUCUUGAUGAUAUUCAGAAUAAUUUUGAUAAUAUGCAAAAGAAAUUUCAAUUACAAGAUAUCGAUAUUUAUCAAAGGAAACAAGAAUUGAUUGAACUUGAACAAACAAAACAUGAUUAUGAUAACUUACAUCCAGCAAAUGUUCUUCUACAACAAAAUAAUUUUCCUAAUAUUGAUAAAUUAAAUCAAGAAAUAAAAGAUCUUGAAAAUAAACGAGAUAAGGAACUUGAACAUCAAAAUGAAAGAAAAUCAAAUAUUGAAAAAGAAUUAAAUAAUUUAAAAUUAAAGUCAAAUUCCAAUAAACAAGAAAUCAGUAAAAUUCAAGAACGCCUCUCUUUCCAAUUAGAAAUUAUUCGUGAUUUAGAAAACAAACAUAAAAAUAUUUUAGCUCCAUUUUUAUCAAUUAAAAAUCAAUAUGAAUCUUUAAUAACAACACGCAAUUCAACUACAGACGAACAAUUCAAGUUUCUUAAAGAUAAAAAAUAUGAUAAUAUUGAAUCAUUGAAUAAUAUUAUUAAUCAAAAGAAAGAUGAAAUCAAUAAAUAUCAAAACAAUCCGCGAACAUAUCAUUUUGAUGAUCGAUUUGAUGCCACAUCAGCCGAUAUUGCAUUGAUAUAUACAAGUAGUUGUGAAAAAAUAGCAAAUAUUCGUUUUAAAAAAAUGGGAGCUGAUAUUCAUACAACUUUAGGUAAAUAUAUAAAAGAAUAUGGAAUAUUUCUUAACAACGACAUUGAAGGAUUAUAUAGAUCUAUUAUAACGAAUUCUUCACAAGAAAAUCUUUCGGAAACUUUAGAGAAACGUUUAGAGCAACUUGUUUCAUUAAGUGAAUACAAUAAUGUUUUUAAAUAUAUUGACGGAAAUAAAAAAGUUACUUAUUGGCGUCGGAAAUUUCAAGAACAAUAUCAAUCAAGUUUUAGUCAGAUAGAAAAGUAUAAAGCAUUAGGAAAUUCUGAUGAGUUACAUAAAGAAUUGAUUAUUGUACAAGGUUUGAUAAGAGUUGAUCAUUUUUGUAGUGGAGAAUUUGUAAUCAAGUGUUUUGGAGAUUUAUAUAGAAUUAAUCAAAUGGAAACAACAAAAAAAUCAAAAGAAACUUAUCAAAUAGUUUUAGAAUAUAUUAAACAAGAAGAUUAUGGAACUGUUGAUGAUAUCUUGAUUGAUAUCGAUGGAAAAACAACAAAUUCAAGAGAUUUAAAUAGUAUUAAACAAGGUUUACAAGAUUCAUUUGAUAGUUUAACGAAAAAAACGUUGAAAAUUGCGAAUAGUAUUAAUCUUAAUAGUGAUUUUACAACGAUAAUCCAAAGUCAUGUUCAACAGAUGAAUAUCAAUUUAGAUAAAGUUCGUACUGUUUUAAAAAAACCCAACAUCUUAAACAUAGUUGAUGACAAAACUAAAUCAGAUUUAAAAGAAUUUGAAGGAAAACUAACGGAAUGUUUAUCGAACGUAUUAUUACAAGCAAUAAAUAAUACUGAAAAUUUGUUAAAAUCCAAUGAUAUUUUAGAAGUUGAAUUAAAUACAAUUAAACUUUUUAAUAUACGACAUGAAAUUGAUCAACAGUUGAAAUUAGAAUCAGUUACUGUAAAAAUAAAUGAAAUUAAAAAGAAAUUAGAUAAUCCUGGUAGUAUUAUAUUAGAACAAAAUGAUUAUUUAAAACAUAUUGAACAAUAUCGAAUACAUUCACCAAAAGUUCUUGUUUCAAAAUUACAAAAAGCUGAUGAAAAAUAUGAACCAAAAUAUAGUACAGUUCAAACACAAAUAUUAGCUGAAAUUCGUCUUAAUUUUGGCACUACUAUUGAUAAAAUAGAUAAAACACCAAUUGAUAAACGUUUAGAAUUAAUAAAUCCAUUAUACGAAGCUUUGGAUUUUUUACCAGAUGCAUUACAAUCUGAAUUUCGAGCAGAUAUCACUAAAUUAAGACUUGAAAUUCACGAAAAUAGUCGUACUUAUAAACGUGAAUUAGAAACAUUUCUUAAUAGUGAUCAAAUUAAUGAUGAAAUGAUUAAAAAAUUGAAUUCAUUCGAAGAAAAAUAUCAAAAAGAAAACCAAGAUGAAUUGUUGACUAUUUUACAUUCAGGAGUUUCGGCUAAGUUAGGAAAUUAUUGGAAAAAUGUUGAAAAAGCAUUUGAAAAGGAAGAUAUUUCAUCUGGUAUUGAAGAUAUGAAACAUAUUAUGAACUAUUACAUCUAUGCACCGUUAAUUCCUGCUAGUAAAAAGUUUUUUGAGUUAAUCUCUAAAUUAAUUAGUAAACAUAUCAUCAAUUAUUCAAAAACACUUAGUAGUAUAUUUUUGAUAAAAAAUAUUGAAACUGUUAGUCAAGCUUUUAAUAAUUUAAUUUUAUGUAUGGAUUUUAUUGAUUCAUUUUCUCCACCAAUAGAGAAUCUUAUUUCUCAGAAAACAUUAAAAGAUCUUACUUUAAAUUUAGACAAUAUAUUUAAUAAGUGGAAAAAUUUUAUUAAGAAUUUUAAUAUUGCUUUAAACGACAUGAAUAUUCAUGUAAUACGUGAAUCAUUAGAUAUAGUGAAUCAUUGUAAUAACGUUUUAAAAAGUAUUCAUGAGUGCACAUGUGACAUUUCAUUAAUAAAACCAUUUAUUGAACAGAUGAAAGAUAUACCUGAACAUUCAACAUUAAAUUUGAUGUUUACGAAUCAGAUUAUUGAAUUAGUUAAAACAUUUGAUAAAGAAUUAAUUAGUGAUAGAACAACGCGCUUUGAAACAGAGCGUGAACAACUAUUUAAGAAUCUUUCCAAAUCAUUAAAAACAUUUCGAUCAAUUACUGUAGAAUUUCCAAAAAGGUUCAUAGAAUUAUUCAGUCUUGAACAAAUUGAAAAAGACCUAAAGAAUAAAAUUGAUAAACUAAAACAAAAACUUCUUUCUUAUGCGAAUAAAACUGAUCCAUCACAAUCCGAUACAGAUCAAUUUCGUUUAUAUUAUAAUCAUCUUAUUUCGAUUGAAAAAUAUCUUUCAUAUUCUGAUCUUAAUAUUCCACAAAGUUUAGAAUCAGCUGAAAAACAUAUUCUUGAUAAAGUUAGUGAAUUAUCCAAAACUAUUCAUAAUUCAGUAUCAGAUUUUACUAAAGUAGCUGGUUAUUUAUUAAAAAUGAAAUUUUUUGCUGAAAAUUUUUCAAUGUUUGAUACAAAAAUUAAUCGAAAUAUUGAUGAAUGUUUGAAAUUUUUUCAAACAAAUCAAGGUCCAACUAUGAUUGGGCAGUUAACAAUGAUUUUAGAAAAAGAUGAAUUAGGUUCUCGAUUAAUAUCUGAACAUUCAGCUUUAAGUGGAGAAGAUUGGAGAAAAAGACGAGAAAAAAUGCAAAAUCAAGACAAUCUUGAUUAUGUUUUAAAAGAAUUAGAAGGAGAUGAUCUUUCAAAAGAUGUUUUAUCAAAACGUUAUGCAGUUUUUCGAAGAACAUAUGAUGAUUUAAUAUCAAAAAAUUUAGCUGCAUUUAAUUUCAAAACAGAAAAAGAACCUAAAUUAGAUAUACUGAUAUCUGAAACAAAAGCAUUAAUUGCGGAUGGAAAUCACAGAUCUGAUUCAAUUAAAUGGGAUAAAUCACUUCAAGACAAAAUUCCCGAUUUAUUAGCACAUAUUUUUGCUGUAUGGACUUUGAAAAAUACUCAACAUUAUAAUGAUAUGAGAGGAAUUGAUUCAGCACGAGCUUAUCUUUUAAUGCCACAUGUUGCACAAGUCAUUGCGAUUUUUCGUAUUUUUGGGAUUGGAUAUACGAAGUAUACAACAAUUUUUGAUUAUUUAUUAGGUUGGAAAAGAAUUUCCAGUGAUUUAGUUAAUAAUUUAGUUGAAGUUGGUACAGGAGAAGGAAAAUCCGUUAUUUUAGCGAUUGUUGCUUGUGUUUUUGCUUUAAUGGGUCUUGAUGUUAAUUGUUCAUGUUAUAGUGAAUAUUUAAGUCAAAGAGAUAAAAAUGAUUUUGCAUCAUUAUUUCAAGCAUUAGGUAUUGAUGAACGUAUUGAAUAUGGAACAUUUAAUCGAUUAUGUGAAAAUUUCUUAAAUGAACAAUGUAGUUUAAGAGAAACAGUUCGAGAAAUGAUUAUGGGUAAUAAAAAUAUCGUUGAUAUAAGCUCAAAAAUAACACGGAUGCGUCAAAAAGUUUUAUUAAUUGAUGAAGUUGAUGUUUUUCUUAGCGAAAAAUUUUAUGGUGGAAUGUAUACACCAUCAUUAUUGUUAAGAGAUUCAUCAAUUAAAGCUUUAUUAGAUGUAUUAUGGAAAAGUAGACAUUUAUUAACAUUAAAUGCUGUUAAAGAUACAUCUGCUUAUAAAGAUUGUGAAAAACGUUUCAGUAAUUGGAUUUCUCUUGUUGAUGAAGCAAUUAAAAGUAUGUUAUGUGCUCUACAGUCAUAUCAAUCAUCAACAUAUACGAUAAAAAAUGAUCGAAUUGUUUAUAUUGAAGGAGAAUCAUUUGUUGAAAAUGUUGUUCGUGGUUAUGAUACAAUUUGGGCUUAUUAUCAUGAAAAUCAAAAGGGUUUUAUUAGUGAACAAAGUUUAGAAACAAAUGUUGGAAUUAUUGUUAGUUGUGGAGCAUUUUCAUAUGCACAUAUGCCGAAAGAUUUUGGAUAUAUCACAGGUGUUUCAGGUACUUUAAGAACAUUAGCUGAUUCAGAAAAAAAUAUUCUUUCGGAUGUUUAUGGUAUAGCAAAGAGUACAUUUAUGCCAUCAGCUUUUGGUAAAAGUAAUCGAAAUUAUAGUUCGAUAAAUGAUGUUGAAGCUGUUGAAAAAUCAGAAUAUUUUAUGAGAAUUCGAGGAGAAAUUGAUUUAAUGAUUCGUGCUAAACGUGCUAUACUUGUUUUUUUUGAAUCAGAAGAACGUUUACUAGAGUUUUAUAAUUCAGAUGAAUUAGCGUCGUUAAGACAAUCAGUACAACUAAUAACUGAAAGAGUAUCAGCUAAAGAUAGAGAAACUUUUGUUAAACGUGCAGCUACUGAUGGUAAAGUAACAUUGUUAACACGAACAUUUGGACGAGGUACAGAUUUUAUUUGUCGAAAUCAACAAGUUUUAGCUAAUGGAGGAAUUCAUGUUUUACAAACAUUUUUUUCAAAAGAACUAUCGGAAGAAUAUCAAAUAAUGGGUAGAGGAGCCCGACAAGGAGAUCGAGGUUCAUAUCGAAUGAUUCUGUUAGAAAACGAUUUAGAAUGGAUUUUGGGUGCGGACUGGAAAAAUCAGGUAAAAAAGAUCAAAGGUCAAACCCUUUAUUCUGCAUUAAAUAAAGAACGUAAAAAACUUUAUGAAACAAAUUGUGCAGGAAAAAAAAGGGGAAUUGAUCAAUGUGAACCUGACCAUAAUCGUUCGGAAAAUUUUCUCGAUGCGAUUGUUAAAGGAGAUAUGACUAGCGUUAAGAAAUUUUUAUUUGAGCAAAAUCUUGGACCGAAUAUUUAUUCAAAUACUUCUCGUACAGUUUUAUUAAUGGAUGCAACAGGUUCGAUGUCGAAUCUUUUAUCUGCAACUAAAGAUACAGUUUGUACAAUGUUUGAACGUGCUUCAGUUAUUUUAAAAGAAAAAAAAAUACCAAGUGAUAUAUUUUCUAUGCAAUUUGUUGUUUAUAGAAAUUAUAACUCACUAGAAGAUAAGAUUUUAGAAGUUUCGCCUUGGGAAACAAGAGGUAGUCACUUAAGAGCUUUUAUGAAUACAAUUAGAUCAGAAGGUGGAUCGGGAGCAGAAGCGAUUGAAAUAGGUUUAUGGCAUGCUGUGAGAGAAAGCAACACAAAAGAAUCGAUUUCGCAAGUUAUUCUGAUUGGAGAUGCACCGGCAAAUACACAGGCAGAGAUUUUUUCGAAAAGAGGACAUCAUGGUGAAAAAUACUGGAAAAAUACGAAAUUUUCUAAUAAAACUUUUUAUUCAGAUGAAUUAAAAAAAUUGAAAGAUAAAAAUAUUCCAAUUCAUACAUUUUAUUUAACUGAAUAUGCGAAAAAUAAUUUUCAAGAAAUUGCUAGAGAAUCAAAAGGACGGUGUGAAUCACUUGAUAUUCGUUCUAGUGCAGGAAUUGAUGCAUUAACAAAUUAUGUUACUGAGGAAGUUCUUAGAAACGCAGCUGGAAGUCAAGGAGAUGAGGCUGUUAAGUUAUAUAGAGAAAAAUAUGUAAAAACGAGUUUUACAUCUUAG